AUGCGCACACAACGCAACCUGGAGGACCGCCCCGCUGAUGACGGACCCCUCUACUGUGUCACACUAGAGGAGUACACAGGGGAGAAAAACCGUGCUCAGCGUCUACAGGAGCAACUUGAUUUCGAAAAGGAACAACAUGCACAACUCCAACAAUUAUUCAGCACCAACGAAAGUAAACAAAAGCAACGCGAUAAGGAUGAGGAAACCAAGGAUCAAAACACACAACGCAUGGUACGAUUACUUGAAUCUAAAAACCAACAGCUCUCAGACAACAUAGACCGUACAACGCACGCAAACGAGAAACUCACCAACACCCUAGCGCAGAAAGAGGCUGAUAUUGCUGCACUAACUGCGGAGGUGGAAGCGUUCCGCCGCAAGCGUCACGAGGCCCUUGGAGUGCGCCAGCAGGACGGUCAGCUGGACGUGGCUGCAGCACUGCUCCCCCCUGACCGUGCAGCAGCGGCUGUGGUGGACCCGGCGGUCAUUGCGCAGGAGCCGCUCUACUGCGUUACCAUCGACGAG